AAUUUUUGUACGUAUCCAUUUCUCUAUUAUACUCUUUAUCUACCACACCAUGCCUCCCAAAUCUACGAAAUCGACAAAGAAACGAAAGUUGUCGAGUUCGGCCACGCAGGCGACAUUACACGCUUACACUAUACGUUCACAGCCAUCGCUAUCCUCGCCUCAAUCGACUCCCACCAGCGCCCAUUCUCCCUCCACGCCACCACAAACUGAAAAUGUCUCUCCCAUGAUGAUCGAUUCGGAAGAGAAGUCUUCCAUGGUCAAUAUAGCCUCCGUUCUGGGCUCUUUUCGUCGCAAUACCAAUAUUCGCAGUAUUCGUGUUCACAACAGCCGAGACGAGGAAUGGAACGCAGUAUAUGACUCGUUUUUCAAGACAUCAUGGGGAUCUCUUCAAACACUCGUUAUUGCCAUUCUCCACAAUGAGCCCGAACAUACCAGUUUUCAAAUUGCUUCUGAAAUGUGUGCCGACAAUUGCCGUUUAGGUCAUGCCGAACAACUGUAUCAACAUCUCAUCGAUCAACUCUCGCAGCACAUGCAAUCGCUGGCCACACCGUUACAAAGUGCUGCUUCGAAGCGGGACCGGUUUUUGGAGACAUUGAAUGAUAUUUGGUUAAACAUGUGUGCGCAGCUGAAUUGCAUUCGUAAUGUCUUCAUGGAACUUGACCGUCGCUACGUUAUUUGGUCGACGAAUUAUCGUUCUUUAGUACAAGCCGGAAAAGAUUUAUUCAACCAGCACGUACUGAGUCAGGAGUAUCUACGUUCCUACACCAUCGAACAGCUGCUGUAUCUCAUUAAAAGAGACAGAGACGGAGAGACCGUGGAUCGGAUCUUGAUCCAUUCUCUAGUGUCGAUGCUCAACGACCUUGCCUUGUAUAACAAAGAAUUCCAACCUCGAUUGCUCAGAGAUACUGCGAUGUAUUACGGUGAAGAAAGCGACCGACUGAUUCAUUCACUCUCUAUACCCGAGUAUCUCGCUCACGUUGAUCGUCGUCGUACCCAAGAAUCCAUUGAUCGUAUACGCGACUAUCUGAAACCUGACACCAAAGCCAAACUCCUCGAAGCCGUGACGGAUCAACUGAUCUUUGCAAAGAUCGAUCUGAUCAUUAGUAAAGGCUUCUAUCAAAUGAUGGACGACGAUGCAAAGGAUCCUUUACGUAUACUGUAUACCAUUCUUGCUUCCAGUGCAACCAUCACUACACUUCGCACAGCCUUUGCAGAGUAUAUCAAGCGACGGGGAACCGAGAUGGUCAGUGAUCCGUCCCGGGAUGCGGCGAUGGUCCCUUCGCUUUUGAAAUACAAGGCGAAAUUGGACGAUAUUGUCAACAAAAGCUUUAACAAUGAUGUAUCCUUUAUCAACACGAUGAAGGAAAGUUUUGAAACCUUUAUUAAUAUGCGACGCAAUAAACCAGCCGAAAUGGUAGCCAAGUUUAUUGACAGCAAGCUACGAAAGAAGGCAAGCGACGAAAAUUUGGAGCGCAUAUUAGAUCGAGUGCUGGUGAUAUUUCGAUAUUUGCAAGGCAAAGAUACCUUUGAAGCAUUCUAUAAGCGAUUCCUGGCCAAACGAUUACUACUGAAUCGAAUGGUAUCCAACGAUAUUGAAAAGAGCAUGCUAUCCCGACUAAAAACAGAGUGUGGACCAGACUUUACAAAGAAUUUGGAGGCCAUGUUCAAAGAUAUCGAAAUUUCCGCCGAUCUCAAUGCGGCAUUCAAGGAAUCGCAGGAGUACAGUCAGUGGGGCAAUGUGCAACUGUACGUGAACGUGUUGGCGCAAGGUAUCUGGCCUAGUUAUUCGGCGUCGGAGAUCAUUCUUCCUCCUGAUAUGCGUGCCCAGCAAGAGGCGUAUAUCCAAUUCUAUGGCAAAAAAUACACGGGCCGGCGGCUGACGUGGCAAAAUUCACUGGGUUCUUGUUCUGUCAAAGCGCAUUUCUCUGCAGGAUUCAAGGAGUUGAUGCUGAGCCUUUUCCAGACUGUCAUCCUACUGCUGUUCAAUGAUACCUCCCGACCUUUCUUAACCUAUAACGAUAUAUUUGAUGCCACCAAUCUCGAUCACAAGGAACUUCGUCGCGUGUUACAAUCAUUGUCUUGCGGACAACAUCAAAUCUUGAAGAAGGAGCCGUCUGGCACCACAGUGGAACCGUCGGAUCAAUUUGCGUUUAAUGAACAAUUCCAAGCCCCCCAACAUCGAUUGAAAUUCAAUACCAUUCAACAAGAACAAACGGUGGAAGAACAAAAGGAUACACAGUCCAAAGUACUGGUGAAUCGACAACAUCAGUUGGAAGCCGCUAUUGUACGUAUCAUGAAAGCCAACAAACGACUCAGUCACGCCGCCCUCGUGAACGAACUGUUUGAACAGUUGAAAUUUCCUGUGGAUGCGGCCGAUAUCAAGAAACGCAUUGAGUCCUUAAUUGACAGGGAUUAUCUCGUACGUGACGAAAAGGACAAUUCAAUGUACAACUAUCAGAGUUAACCAAGUGCAUUUGAGGCUCAAAUAAAAAUGAAUCACUGUAUUGUAAAAUAUCAUUCAUUGCUACCAUACACAGUGAAUCCGAAAAUGGUUGGUUUGUAUGAUG